AGCCGAAAUAGCGAGGUUCUCCACUGAAAACGUGGCUCUUGAAUUUCCCCUCCUCCCCCACUUGGCGAUUCUCCCCUCUUCCCCUCAGCCAUUAAGCCACCAUAUCAUAGAGGCAUAUGAAGAGAAUCAUCAUGACGACCACCAAGAACACCGCGAAGUCGUACAAGCUCAACACCGGGGCGUCCAUCCCCGCCGUUGGCCUCGGGACCUGGAGAUCUGAGCCCAAUGAGGUGAAGACGGCCGUUCAGGUGGCCCUUGGCCGGGGCUACCGACACAUCGACACGGCCUUUGCCUACGGCAACGAGAAGGAGGUCGGCGAGGGCAUCAAGGCGUCCGGGGUGUCGCGGGAGGACAUCUGGCUGACGACCAAGCUGGACAACCCCUGGCACAAGCGCGUCGGGGAGGCCAUCGACAAGUCGCUCGAGAACCUGGGCACCAGCUAUGUCGACCUGUACCUGAUGCACUGGCCGUCCAGCACGGAUCCUGAUGACCUCACGAAGCACCUUGAGGACUGGGAUUUCGUCGACACCUGGCGCGAAAUGCAGAAGCUGGUCGGCACGGGCAAGGUCCGCAACAUUGGCGUCAGCAACUUCGGGAUCAAGAAUCUGGAGCGCUUGCUGAACGAUCCCAGCUGCAAGAUUGUCCCCGCUGUGAACCAGAUCGAGCUGCACCCUGGCAACCCGUCGCCGAAGCUUGUGGCCUAUAACUCAUCCAAGGGCAUCCAUUCUUCGGGCUACUCGCCACUCGGCAGCGCCAACUCACCCUUGUACAGCAAUGAGACGUUGCUGGCCAUUGCCAAGGACAAGGGUCGCACCCCGCAGCAGGUGCUCCUGGCCUGGGGCCUCCACAAGGGCUGGAGCGUGCUGCCCAAGAGCGUCACCAUACCGCGCAUCGAGGCCAACUGGGAGCUCGACGGCUGGGAUCUGACCGACGAGGACGUCAAGAAGAUCGACAGCAUCCAGGAGCGCUUCAAGGUCUGCGGCGACUCGUGGUUGCCCGUCAAGGUUUUCUUCGGUGACGACGAAUGAGCUUGGGACUCGGCAAAUAGAUGCUUUCAAACAACAAAAGAUAGGCCCUGGUGGCAUUAGAUAGGCGCAAACUUAGAUGUGGCCCUCAAAUCAUUGCUGAAUGUUCCCG